UCCUGAUUUUUUGCUAACAUAACCUUACUUUAAAAAGUCAAAAUAAAGCUAAAUUAUUGUAACUCAAAAACUGAAACAUGGCAAAAGAACUUACUGAAGAAGAAAUGGACCAGUUUGAUUGGUUAACUUUACAAAGAGAUAUGGACACAGUCAUGCCAACAGAAACUCAAUCGCAAAAGUUUCUGAGAAAGUUUAAGGAAAACCCUUUUGUACCUCUUGGUUGUUUGGCUACUUCCAUGGCUCUUGGUUAUGGUUUGUAUACAUUCAAAACAGGACAAAGGAAGAUGUCUCAGUACAUGAUGCGUACCAGAAUUGCAGCUCAGGGGUUAACUGUUUUGGCUUUGGUAAUGGGAAUAGGAAUGGGAGCACAAACUCAAACUGCAAAAAAUAAUAAAGGUUAAAAAAAUUAAAAAUUUGUAGUUGUAAAAUUGUUUAACUACCUAGAUCGGAGAGUUACAAUUUAAAAUAGGCACUUUAGUUAAAUUAUCUGUUUUUAUCUGUUUUUAAUAAUACUUUAAAUUCAGUCAAUUGACUAACAAAAUCAUAAAAAUUUGUAAUUAAUAUACAUAAAUAAAAAAUCCAA